CAGGUCCAGAGCUCCAGUUAAUGUUCACAUCAAACAUAAGAAUAGAGGAAAAUGUGAUCUCAGUGACUUUUACCGUGGCAUGGUUGUUGGUUGCCAUAUGGUGCCAGAUGGUGCCAGGGCUGGUUUGAAUAUUUCAGAAAGUGCUGUUUUCAUGGGAAUAUAACUCACAAAGUCUCUAGACUUUACACAGAAUGGUGCAAACAACAACAACAACAACAACAACAACAAAACAUCCAGUGAGCAGCAGUUCUGUGGGUGGAAAUGCCUAGUUGAGAAUACGGGAGAAUGGCCAGACUGGUUUGAGUUGACAGGAAGUCUACAGCAACUCAAAUAACUUCUCUUAACAAACACGGUGAGCGGAAAAGGAUCUCACAAUGUACGACAUGUCGAGUUUUGAGGCAGAUGGGCUACAACAGCAGAAGACCACAUUGGGUUCCACUCAUGUCAGCCAAGAACAGGAAUCUGAGGCUGCAGUGGGCAAAGUUCACUGAGUUCACUGAAACUUAAAACUGAAAAAAGAAGACCCAUACUAAACCCAUACUAUUAGCCUUUAAAAACACCAACACAAGAUGUUGGGCACAAAGUGUCCCACAGGAUCAUAGUUUUCCGUAGUUUUAAAGCCUUGUCCUAUUUGCCAAGCUAAUUGGAUUGGCUGGUUCAGACGGAAAGGUCAGUAAAACCCUCCCCAAUCCUGAACUAAAGCAUUAGGCCUGACAGAGAAGAAUUAGAGCGUAUAGACCUUCAGUUCUCUCUGGGCUUUCAGCACUUUACAUCUGAUCAUCUAACCUAAGGGCAGUCAGGGAGAGUCAACCACACCUACAGCAGGUUACGCAGACUUUGCAGGAUCUUCUCUUUGACAGGAGCUUGACAGGGAAGGGAAAGAGGAAGAGACAUGGGCAGUGGAGCAAGUGCUGAGGACAAGGAAAUGGCCAAAAGGUCCAAAGAGCUGGAAAAGCAGCUACAGGAAGACGCAGAUAAGGAAGCAAGGACGGUCAAGUUGCUACUGCUGGGUGCUGGUGAAUCAGGGAAGAGCACCAUUGUAAAACAAAUGAAAAUUCUCCAUCAAGGUGGUUACACUAAGGAAGAACAAAUUGCAUUUAAAGCCAUCAUCUAUGGCAACAUCCUGCAGUCUGCACUGGCCCUCAUCAGAGGCAUGGAAAUGCUUGGAAUUAACUACGGAUCACCAGCAUCACAGGAAGAUGGUCAGAAAUUGCAGAACCUAGCGGACUCAACUGAAGAUGGCACAAUGCCCAAGGAGCUGGCAGAUGUCAUCAAAAGACUGUGGAAGGACUCAGGCGUGCAGGCUGCAUAUGAGAGAGCAGCCGAGUAUCAGCUCAAUGACUCUGCUGGCUAUUACCUGAGUGACAUGGACAGAAUCUGUGGUGCUGAUUACAUCCCAACAGAGCAGGAUGUGCUAAGGUCUCGAGUCAAAACCACUGGUAUCAUUGAAGAACAGUUUUCCUGCAAAGAGCUGCACUUUAGGAUGUUCGAUGUGGGAGGCCAAAGGUCAGAGAGGAAGAAAUGGAUCCACUGUUUUGAGGGGGUGACCUGCAUUAUCUUUUGUGGAGCUCUGAGUGCUUAUGACAUGGUGUUGGUAGAGGAUGAUGAAGUGAACCGCAUGCAUGAGAGUCUUCAUCUAUUCAACAGCAUCUGCAACCACAGGUUCUUCGCAAAAACUUCUAUUGUGCUUUUUCUCAACAAGAAAGAUCUCUUUGAGCAGAAGAUCCAGAAAGUUCACCUCAGCAUCUGCUUCCCUGAAUAUAAUGGUCCGAACACAUAUGACGACGCUAGCCUUUACAUCAAGAAGCAGUUUGAGGAACUGAACAUGAAGAAAGGUGAAAAAGAAAUCUACUCGCACAUGACCUGUGCCACUGACACAAAAAACGUGGAAAUCGUGUUCAAUGCUGUGACAGACAUCAUCAUCAAAGAAAACCUUAAGGAUUGUGGUCUGUUCUAAAAAAAAAUGGCCAUGUUUUCAGAAGUUUUGCCCUAUCCCCUAUAAAUGACUCUGAAGACUCGCAGAUGGCAUGAUGGUAAUCGCUACUGCAAGAUGUAAAGAGUGGUCAGACGCCCUUCAUAAAUAAUCAACGUACCGGACAUUGAAGGCUCCAUCCAAACAGACAAGAAUCCAGUCUUUCCAGUAUAGAGCUAAAAUUAUUCGGUUGAGUACAAAAUUCUAUUUCUAACUGGCAUUUGAAAAGAAAGCAUGUUGUUUUCAGGUUGAAGCUGCUGGUACAGACUGGGAAUAGAUGUUUUUCUGCUUAAUAUAAAAUGAUAUAAAAGGCUAAUAUGUUAGACACCCAUGACACUUUGAUUAAGAAUGUAAUUUGUUUGAUGUACAGUGUUGAGGACUUUCUCGUAAAAGUACAUUUUCAAUGGGAUCAGCAUGCUGUACAAUAUGUGAACCCUUUUUCCCUCUAGUUUAAAAUAUAGUAGGGGGUUAAUUUGUAAAUAAGAAUAGUCAAGUACAUUUCUAUUUCAGAGAAGCUUCUAUAUUAAUAUGUUUAAAGAAAUAACCAAAUGUUUAAUUGUAAAAAUGAAGACCAUGAUACUCUAGCAGUCUGUGGUUUGGAAAUCUGAUUAUUCUGUGAAGAUGUUCUGGACUAAAAAAUGUAGGAACAUGAAAUAAAGAUGUGCAUCAAUUCCACUGGCUUUUGGUGUCAUCUGAAUAAACACAGCAUAAUGUUACUGAAUGACUGUAUUUAAUUAACCACCAAUAUGUUUAACGAGGGGAAAAAAGAUCUCCUAAUGUAGAAAGAAGUGCAUUGUGCAUAAAACAUAUUCUAACCUUAAAACACUCUGAAUUUAUUGCAAUAUUGUGUAAUAUUUUUAAUAACAGGGAUAUCAAAAGCUCAAUUACUAAGUAUUCCAAAAUAAUCUACAGAAUUAGUAUAUUAUUUUAUAUCAAUUGCUACUUUUGCCAUCUUUUGUAUUCCAUCAGGAUAAGAGAGAAUUUUCCACAAUUAAGGGUGCCAAGAAAUUUCAUGUACUUCCAUAGUUUACAGCCAUACCAUAGAGCAGGCUUACCACUCUCCAUUUUAAUAUAAACCACAAUGUACAAUGGAUAUAAAUCGACUACACAUUCCUGUUAAAAUGGCAGGUUGUUGUGAUGAAUAAAAUGAAACCAUGAUCAA